ACUGGGAUGACAAGAUCACGUUGUUCCAAAAGGAUGUCAUGGAACACGCUUCACGGCUCAAGCGUCAGCACACGACUAUCCUCGAUACUUUCAGGACGAAAAUGGCUUCCAAGAAACCUUGCAAGCCACAAUGGUCGGCAGAGCUCUUGAACCAAAGAAAAGUCCAGGAAUACUUGGGAAAGCAAGGCAAGUACUCGGAGGCGCUGAGAGUGAAGAAAACAGCCGACCGACUGGAGCACGAGGAGCUGGAGGCGACGAUCGAGUCAUACCAGGCCGAAGUGGGACUGAAGGAGCAAGCCUUGAGAACCAAGCAGCACAGUGAGAUGGAGGUGCUUCUCCAAAAGGCGACCAAAGGCCGGGACCAGCUAAGAGAAGGGCGAGCCAAAGAUCUGCAGCGAAUCCACCAGCGGCAUAAGAACAUCGUGAGAGAGCUCAAGGCCCUCCACGCGCACGAGAUGUUUAAGUUUGAGCAAAUGUAUGGCAAGAAGAUGAGCGAGUACCAAUCCAACCUGGGGAAUGGGAGGUAUUUGUCGCCGCCCACUCGCGGAUACAGCUCCCUGGCGCUGCCCAAGGUGGCCGAGGUCCAGUGCGAUGACACGCACAGCACGGAAGGAAUGUAGAGAAUUUCAAACGCUUGGAAUUCACCAUACUUGUGGAGCAGUGUACCAGCUUUCCACGGUGAGGAGU